AUGUGGAGAAGGGCAGUUUGUUCGCAGCUCAAAACCCUCGCCGCCGCUGGGGGCAAGGCCUCCUCUUCGUCUCUGCCUUCUCGAUUCCGUCACACUGAUAGAUCCUUCAUUUAUCAGGCGGCAUCUUCUUCUCUGUUCAACCGAUAUUUCAGCACAGAUGAUGCAUUGAAAAAGCCAGUCGAGGAUGUGAUGCCUAUUGCCACUGGCCAUGAACGUGAAGAGCUUGAAGCAGAACUGCAGGGAAAAGAUAUUCUUGACAUUAACCACCCAGCUGGUCCAUUUGGCACAAAGGAAGAACCUGCUAUUGUCAAGUCUUACUAUGACAGGAGGGUAGUUGGAUGCCCUGGAGGUGAAGGAGAGGAUGAACAUGAUGUUGUCUGGUUUUGGUUGGAGAAAGGCAAGCAUUUUGAGUGUCCUGUCUGCUCGCAGUACUUUGUGCUGGAAGUUGUGGGACCUGGAGGAGACCCUGAAGCUGGACAUGGCGACGACCAUCAUCACUAG